UUUUAUGGAUGUGUUCCAUUAGUCUUCCAUUAUUAUACCUGGCAGUGGGAUUCUAUCUUCUAGCCUUCAUAUUUGCCAAUACAGCGGUCGUGAUAAGCAUCAUUGUUCUACUAUUUGUAAACUGCAGUAUCUAUCGGAGCCUUCGUGAACACGAAAAGAAUACUGAACAUAUUAGAAGCAACCGUGAUCGGCAAAAGUAUCUUAAACGUGAAGAGAAGAUAACAAAAUCCUUUCUGUUUAUCAUCCUUUCAUUUUUAGCCUGUGGCGUGCCUUCGCUUGUGAUGGUCUAUGUUAUUAACUUAUGUAACUCAUGUAGUUGCGUUCUUAUCCAUUGGUUCCGAGAUCUGCAGUAUUUAUUCGUGCUACUCAAUUCUGCUACGAAUCAGUUUCUGUACGCUUGGCGAAUGCGCUCAUUUCAGGCAGCAUUUUUAACAGUUCCCUUCAUUCGGUGGACAGGUAGAAAAUUGGCUGGAAACAAAAUCGAUCAAGUUACCGUAACUCACACGGAAAGUGCGAUGGAAGAAUCUACGAAUAAGCAGGGACGGAGAGAAGGAAACGUAUCGGCCCAGGGCGAAAAAGAGUCGCAAAUCACGGAUCUCUAUCAUCGAAAUUCCACCGUCUCAAAGCACGAAGAUUAAGCAAAUAACUUGAUACUAAAUCCUGUUUAUACGAGGUAAAGAAUAUCUAAGAAGAAGUGCGCGAGGAAUCGAAAAAAGUCAGCUCAGUCUGAUGCAUAAACAAAGGCCAAAGUUUCUGGCAUCAGCUCUAAAAGCCGCGAUUUCAUCAACCUUUUUCCUGAACAGUCAAUGAGAAAUAAAGACCUUCAUUUUUGAUCUACCAAAGCAAUCGCGACUUAAAAACGAGUCUAAUAAGUAGGGGAUUAUUGUGUUGGUACAAACCACCUAAAAAUGUGUCAAAAUUCCGAAAAAUGGUCAAUAAAGUUAAACUCGUGGCG